AUGAGUUCGAACCUCAGAAAACUCCGCUUUAUGCAAAAGUCAGAUGAAAAACCUCAAACUACUACAGAAAAGACGGUCAACACGUUAAUUGGAGAUAAAUCAAUUUGGAUUCGUGAAGGGUUUGAGGAGAUUCAUAAAUUUCACGACGAGAAGGCAGAUAAUAAACAGAAGUAUCCAAAAAUCAGAUACAUGACGAGGUUUGAAAAGAAAUCCAUAUUAAUUUUCAGGAGAUCCUACAAUGGAGCGAAUCCAUCAACGGAAGGUUUCAUGUCGAAGCUUAAAAAGAAAACCACAACUCAAACAAAUAAAUAA